UUCCGGUGUGUCCUCAACUAACAUAGAUCGUACGCAUUGUUCGGUUUUCGUCUGGCUGCAAAUUUUUCGAUUUUUUUUCCGCAGCUGGGCUUUAAUAAGAUGCGUUUGAAAACACCGUUUAUAAUAACGAGACCUGGGUAUUGCGUAAUUGAUCGAACGGAUCGGAGCGGGUGUCCCUGAACAACAACAAUCAGAAAGUCGAGUCGUGUCCUCUGGCUUCCAUUGUCAGUUUUUUUAUGGCUUUCAUUUUCUACUAAAAGAGUAGCGCGAUUAACCUUUGCUUUGGCCCAGGAAACCUAGCUAGCUAAAUCAAUGUAGACAGCUAACCUGCAUGUGUGUUAACAAUCCAUGUAAUCAACGUUAGCAACAACGGCGCUCACCAGCUAGCAGUUGCUGGUUGAUUUUCGGGAGUAAAUACGAGAAAUUUCUCUGCUGGUAUGCACGGUUUUGCAUGUUGUCGGACGCGUAUUAUGUGGUUAGUUAACGCUGCCGUCAAAUGUAUGUGCGGUGUGUCGUAAAUUCAAACAACAUUUCACUUUCGAGCUGCUCUUUUUCGAUAGCGCUACCUAACGUUAGCUAACUAGUGUUUUGUUUGCGUGUGGUCUGUUGUAUAGCCAUCGCUAGCUAUCAUCACUGACAUUACUAAAUGGUCGGUCGCCAAUUUACGCGAUAGCUAGCUAGUGGUUUAACUUAUAGCACCUGUUUUGAAUUCCCAACUGAAGAAAGGAAACCACUUCUUAAACAAAGAUGUUUCGAUACUUAAGUGACGUGGACGAGAGCCCGUUCAUGAUGGAUCCAUUCUCGGCUCACAGGCAGCAGAUGAGGAGUCUCUUUGGGUCGUUUGGCUUCGAACCGUUUCCCUUUGCCCCCCAGUUACAGCCUCCAAGGAACCCCCACCUCCAGGCGGGUGCUUUAUCCCCAUUUGGAAUGAUGGGAAUGGGAGGAGGCUUCAUGGACAUGUUUGGGAUGAUGGGAGGAAUGAUGGAGAAUAUGGAGCGAAUGUCUGGCUCUCCUGGCUGUCAGACCUUCUCUUCUUCCACGGUCAUCUCCUACUCCUCGUCAGGGUCCGGCACCCCUAGGGUCUACCAGCAGACCAGCGAGAUGAGGACUGCGCCUGGAGGGAUAAGGGAGACGCGCCAGGCCAUGCGGGACAGCGAGAGCGGGGUGGAGCGCCUGGCCAUUGGCCACCACAUCCGGGACCGGGGCCACGUGAUGGAGAGGUCCCGCAACCACAAAACGGGAGACCGGGAGGAGAGGCAGGAGUUCAUCAACCUGGAAGAGAGUGAGGCUGCAGCCUUCGAUGACGAAUGGAGGAGGGAGACUGGAAGAUACCCCCCUCCAAACGCUCGGGGCCUGGACUACGGCCGAGAGAGGCGGGCGGCAGGGGGUGGGCAGCAGCUGGCUCUCCCUGGCCCCUCCGGUUCAUCGUCCCCCCCCGCCCCUCGCCACGACUCCCCCCGGCACCGCCCACCCCCCUCUCGCCCCCGCUACGAUUGGUGAGCGAGAGGUGAGCGCAGAAAAAUGGCUGAGGAACUAAUGGAUUUAAAAAAAAAACAAAAAAAAAAACAGAGUACAACAACAGCACAGUAACAUCAUUACUAUUGCUCUGUAUGGAGAGAUGGCCUCAGUUGCAGCAAAUAUCCAGAGGUGAAUUACAGUAGAAUAUCUGCAACGUAAUUUAUGUUCACUUGCUAAAUACAUUGCUGUAAAACCAAGCACCGCAGUGUGGUGCUGGCAGCGCCCACGUUAAGACGAUACGAACAGAAACGGCUUCUUAUAAGAGACUAAGCUGGAUUUUGUGGCUGACAGAACUACAGAUCCCAGAAUUCAUCUGUCUCAGUUGCAUAACUCAU